AUGUCCAAUGCAGAGCAGUCAAAUCUGGAAAGACUGUCUGUAGAAUCUUAUAAAUUAGGGGGGUCCCUAACCCUCCCUCCAUGCAUCACUGAGGCAGACAAAGCAGAAGAUGUGUACCCCUUUGAUCAACUUGUGUUCUCUAGUCUGCAGAUUGUUCUUGGACAUCUUGAAUCACUUCCUAAAGAGGAAGCAGCUCGUGACAGACAGUCUCGUUGCAUCUGGUACCUGUCCUUCCUCAUCAAAGCCUCGCUACAGAGACGUCUCUCCUUCAAAUUUGGUAGUGAGGAUGGAUGUCCACGAAUCAUCAUCAACAAAGUGCUGAAGGAUUUCACAGUGGAGAGUUUCCACAACGGCAGCCUCAGGAACACGGUGUCGUCGUCCAUGCGUAUGAAACUGGCUGCUCACUGUUUAGCUUUACUGCUGCACAUGAGUGAUCAGACGGCUAACCUUACACUCCUACACCGAGACAUGGGCAUCAGUGAUGUCAAAAUGUUGGAGGUGGCCAAGGCCAUGGGGCUGACCCUGUGCCGUCAGUCUGCCUACAGUAGAGAAGAGGCCGUGACACAUGAUGAGCACAGGAUGGUCUCUCUGGUUCUUCCACUGGUGCAUUACGAACGACGUAUGGAACGCAGGAAACGCAAGAGGAUGAACUGA